AUGGCGACUCCAAAGUCUAUUCUUCACGGUGGCUAUCACACUGCAGUGUCUCGCUCAUGGCAAGCUGAGCGUACGCUCAACAAGAGCAUGCUCAUGUACCCAUUGUUCAUUACCGAUGAUCCUGAAGCUUUUGAACCCAUUUCCUCACUACCCGACCAGCAUCGUAUUGGCAUUAACAAGCUCAAGGACUUUAUUGAACCUCUUUACAAGAAGGGUCUUCGUUCAGUGAUUUUGUUUGGUGUCCCACUCAAGGAGGGUGUUAAGGAUGCUACUGGAUCCAAGGCUGACGACCCUGAAGGACCCACUAUUUUGGCGGUCAAGUUGUUACGUUCCAAUUUCCCUGAACUCUUUGUGGCAUGUGAUGUCUGUUUGUGUGAAUAUACUUCUCACGGUCACUGUGGUAUUUUGCGUGAGGAUGGUACACUUGAAAACACCAAGAGCAUUCAACGAUUGGCCAAUGUGGCGGUGGCCUAUGCCAAGGCAGGUGCCCAAUGUGUUGCUCCUUCGGAUAUGAUGGAUGGUCGUAUUGGUGCUAUCAAGCAAGGUCUUAUGGAUGCUGGUCUUGCACACAAGGUGAUGCUCAUUUCAUAUGCUGCCAAAUUCGCUGGUGCCUUCUAUGGUCCUUUCCGUGAAGCUGCCAAUUCAGCUCCUGCUUUUGGUGAUCGUCGUUGCUACCAAUUGCCUCCCAAUGCACGUGGUCUUGCUCGUCGUGCUAUCAAGCGUGAUAUGGAAGAAGGAUGUGAUGCUAUUAUGGUCAAACCUGGUACUCCUUAUCUUGACAUGAUCCGUGAAGCUGCAAACAUUGCUGAAGAUUAUCCCAUCGCCGUCUAUCAAGUCUCCGGUGAAUACGCCAUGCUUUAUCAUAGCGCAAAGGCUGGUGUCUUUGAUCUCAAGAGCGUUGUUCUCGAAACCAUGACUGGAUUCCUCAGAGCUGGUGCUACCCUCAUCCUCACUUACUAUACCCCUCAUCUCUUGGAUUGGUUGGAUGAAUAA